AUGACGAGACCUUUGGAGAACAAGUUGGUAAUCAUCACUGGUGCAUCGCGGGGCCUUGGUGCUGCUUUAGCACGUCAUCUGGCUUCCAAGGGAGCAAACGUCGUUAUCAACUACACUUCGGAAUCUUCAACAGAAAAUGCUACCGCGCUAGCUCAAGAGCUAGAAGCCAAUCACUCUAUCAAGACAUUAGUAGCAAAAGUUGAUGUUACUACACCCGACGGCCCGGACCAACUCAUCGAUGCGGCGAAAUCGGCUUUUAGCGACAACAACAAGUUCCAGAUCGACAUACUUAUAAACAAUGCGGCAGUUGUCAACCCAGCGCCGAUGGGCUCAGUCGCACUAUCUGACUUCGAAGCCACCUUCAACCUGAAUGCACGCGCUCCACUUUUCGUAUUACAAGCUGCGCUACCGUAUUUCCCGAAAGACAGAUCCGGUCGUGUGAUCAACGUCUCCAGUAUAACAACCUCGAUGGGCUUCUGGUGGCAGUCUUGCUACGCUGGCACUAAAGGCGCUCUUGAAGCAAUGACACGUGUCUGGGCUCGCGAGCUUGCCGAACGCUGCACAGUCAACGCCAUCAAUCCAGGUGCGAUAGCUACGGGCAUGUAUACAAGCCUCCCGAAGGAGAUGUUGGAGAAGGCCUGGUCGCUGAACUACAUGGCGCCUUUGGCUGCGACGAGAGAAGGUAUCGAUUCGGAGGAGACGAUUGCGGCGGCAAAGGAUUUGGGUGGAAGACCGGCGUAUCUGGAGGAGGUCGCUGGGGUUGUUGGGUUACUAUGUAUGCCUGAGGCUGGAUGGGUUACUGGUCAGGUUAUUGGAGCUAAUGGCGGUGGUGUUAUGACGAAGGGGUAA